AGUUACAGACCCUCACAUCAGGAUUCCGGCUGGCACUGGGAGACAUGAAAGCUUUGUUGGCGAGAGCAACUGAUCACACCACCCCCCUCCCAGGCCCACCACCGUAUCUAGUAUGCUGUCUUUCUUGGGCCUCACUGGGUACAGCCGUACACACAUUCCUGACUACACUGCCAGGACUGAACCACUGAGGGAAAUAGUCAGAUAUGCAGGCUCAAGAAACCCUCAUGCUCCUCUUAUCUGGUCACCUGAGGCCUCUGAGGCAUUUGGCCAGUUGAAAACAGACCUGGCUGUGGCUGCAGCUCUCACUGCACCUGACUAUGGCAAGACCUUCCAUUUGGAUGUUUCUGAAAAAGAAGGAUUCACGUCAUCCGUUCUCUUCCAGAAACAUGAGGGGGAGAGAAGAGUCCUGAUGUACCACUCCUCAAAAUUGGAUCACAUUGAAAUGGGACAAACCACAUGCUCAAGAUACGUUGCAGCUGUUGCUAAAGCCAUUGAAAAAACUGCUCACCUCGUAAUGUGCCACAAAAUGGAGAUUCAUACCCACCAUGGUGUUGCAGCGUACUUGAUGGCGAAGGAAUUCACUUUCAGUGCAGAGAGAAAAAACAAAAUUCAGAACAAAUGUACACAGUCACACAUCACGUUUGUCAACACGGACAAGAACAUGGCUGAUGCCCUUAAUGCGGAAGAAGGAAUAACCCACGUCUGCGCAGAAAGAGCUGCUCAAGAACUUAAACUCAGACCAGACCUGGAAAAUGAACCCAUAUUGACUGCAGACCUAUGGCUGUACACUGACGGGUGUUGUUACAGAGGAAAAGAAGGCAACAUAGCAGCAUACGCAGUAGUACAACAGACUGAGGAUGGAGCUCACACCACCCUGGAAUCAGGUAUAAUACCUCAGCCCGCAUCAGCCCAAUUGGCAGAGAUAAUUGGACUCACCCAAGCAUUAACACUGGCCAAAGGGAAAAAGGUCAACAUAUACACCGACUCAGCGUAUGCUCAUGGAGCAGUACACAUCGAUGGACCACAAUGGGUCAGACGAAACUUUACCACUACUGGAAAUCUACCAAUCAAGCACAAGACCCAGAUGGAGCGUCUGAUUGCUGCUGUAUCACUUCCUGAAAAAGUGGCCAUAAUGAAAUGCAAGGGCCAUCAGAUAUUGAACUCCAAGAUCAGCAAGGGAAAUGAUGCUGCAGACCAGGCAGCUAAGAAAGCAGGAGGAUACACUCCCAGACAAAUGGUUCUCCAAAUAAGUCCACCUAGGACUGAAUUGACUAACCAACACAUCAAAGAACUACAACAAGAUGCCGGACCAUAUGAACACUCAGUGUGGGAACAGAGGGGAGCGACAAAGGGUCCUGAUGAACUGUGGCGAUGCCAUGAUGGCAGACUGGUGGCCCCUGCAAACCUCUGCCCUGAACUAAUCAGAGAAGCACAUGGACUAACACACGAAGGGAAACUGAAGACUCUACAGAGAGUCUCUUACGUGUGGUGGCAUCCUUACAUGAAAGAAAUGACAGAUUUGUUCUGUGACAGUUGUGCCAUCUGUGGAAGUCACAAUCCAAAGAAACCUUACCAAACACCAAUGGGUCACUAUCCGGUACCUAAUGCCUGUUUUCAAGACAUCAGCAUAGAUUUUACAGACAUGGGAGCAGAUCAGGUGAAGGGAGGAAAGAGAUAUUUGCUAGUAAUGGUAGACAGAUUCUCUAAGUGGGUAGAGGCCAUUCCUACAGCAAAGGAGGAUGCGAAGUCAGUCAUUAAGUGGCUACAAAAGGAACUUAUACCCAGGUAUGGGGUUCCUCGACAAAUCAGGUCCGACAAUGGGUCCCACUUCUCAAAUCAGCACCUGAGACAGGUGGAGGAGAGGUUUGGCAUUAUUCACAAGUUUGGCUCUGUGUAUAGGCCGCAAUCGCAGGGCCUUGUGGAACGCUGUAAUCAGACUCUGAAAGCUAAAAUAGCUAAAGUAUGUGCAGGAACCAAAUUGACCUGGGUGGAAGCCCUGCCCCUGGCACUGAUGGCCAUGAGGUCCUCACCAGGUGCAGGGACACAUCUUUCACCCCAUGAAAUAAUGACAGGUAGAGUAAUGCCAGGGCCACCAAGAGAGGGAGGUCAUAUGCCCCCUCUUGAUGUGCACCAGAUAGGGAUGUCUGACUAUGUGAAGAAAUUGACGGAAUUGUCUGCAGCUCUCUCCAAACAGAUACACCGUGUCGCAGAGGGGGAGCUGACUGACGUCCCGGAACAACCAAGGGUAAAAGUUGGAGACUGGGUAAGGAUCAAGGUCCACAAGAGAAAGUGGGCUGAUCCCAGGUGGACUGGACCGUACGAAGUGAAGGAGGUUACUUCACACUCAGUCCAGGUCAAAGGUAAAUCAGGCGCACCUUGGCACCACCUGACACAUUGUACUCCAGCCCCAACCCCUGCCAGAACUCUGGCUGAAGUAAGAAGUGAUUUACUCACAUCCAAUUCGAAUUCAAAUUCUGACAUCCCUCCCGUCUGAUCAUGUGGAGGAGACUCCCAUCUUCAGAUGAUAGGGACACUAGAGUAGCACCAUGGGCUAGGAGAAGUAGGAGACCAUGGGAAAGACUGGGUUGUUCUGGCCCAUUGUUUGUCCUAAUUGUAGUCAAUGUUGUGUUGACAUUGGGAGUAAUGUUAUGGGCAGCCCAGCGUGUAAUUACCGACCAGAAACAGACUACUCGGUUAAACAUGACCAAUGCUUCUAUAUUCUCGGAUACGCAUGUUCUGUCUAAACGUCACAUUCAGAAUAAUGACUUUGAAUGUACUGCAGAAUUGAUUAGGUCAGCUACUCUGUGUAUCCCGCCUAUCCCGUGGAUGAUUCCAUCCUGAUGGCUUCUGGAGUCUCUGGUUUCUCCAAUAAUUGGUUACUACUGACUGAAGAAGCUGGAAAGGCGGCCCGUACUGACUGUGUGGUAUGUAUGGGAGCUAGGCCUCUCCUUCGUAUUGUGCCUGCAGCCUUACCUGUCAAUUGUGUUUUCCCUGUUAUGAGAUUUAAUAACCCACCCCAGAAUUGUUCUUCCUGGGAUAAGGUUUAUCCACUAGUAAAGGGCAGACAGGCACCGAUCUUCUCCUCAGAUGUUGCUGAAGGGAAUUUCACAUGUGUGAACAUGACCCGAGGACCUCCAGAUUUAGGUACUGUCCCACCCCACUGGUGUAAUGCUACUUACUUUCCUAAUUCUCCCCUUACAGUUGUCGCCAGAGCAGAUGUCUGGUGGUGGUGCGGUGGUAAGCGGUUGUUUGGGCGGUUCCCAAAGAAUUCUACUGGCCUUUGUGCUCUUGUCUCUCUGCUUCUUCCCAUUUCAGUAUACCCAAUAGGUGUGACUGAGUUGGUGGCUCAAUUUCAAAAGGAUGCCUUCCCGUCCAGGAAAAAGAGGACGGCUAGAUCUGAUGGUGGUGACCCUACGUAUAUAGACGCCAUAGGAGUUCCCAGAGGGGUCCCGGAUGAGUAUAAACUUGUUAACCAGAUUUCUGCUGGGUUUGAAUCCUCUAUUUGCUGGUGGUGUACCAUCAACAAAAAUAUAGAUCGAAUUAACUAUAUACAUUUUAAUGUUCAGAAAUUGGGCAACUGGACACAGCAAGGUUUUGAAGCCGUCCAUGGUCAACUGGCUGCAACCAGCCUUAUGGCCUUCCAGAAUCGUAUUGCAGUUGACAUGCUCCUAGCUGAGAAAGGAGGUGUCUGUUCUAUGUUUGGAGAACAAUGCUGUACUUUUAUCCCUAAUAACACUGCUAGUGAUGGAAGCUUGACUGUGGCUCUAAAGGGUCUUAGGACUCUUAAUGGUAAAAUGAAAUCUCACUCUGGUAUUGACAACUCUAUGUGGGACUCCUGGAUGGAUGCCUUUGGUAAAUACAAGACUCUCGUUUCCUCUAUUUUAGUUUCUAUUUCUGUUUUUUCGGCUAUUCUGGUUUUGUGUGGGUGCUGUUGCAUUCCAUGUAUUCGCUCGCUUACCAAUAAGGUGAUAAUUAAGGCUAUUGACCCUAGCGCUCCGGCUCAGAUGUAUCCUCUCUUGGCAGAGGAUGACUAUGUUGAUCUGGUCCCGGAGGAUGGGAUUGUGUAUCAGACCAUUGACCACACCGCUGUCUAGAGAGGGAAUCUACUUUUUCUAUUUUUGCUACCAUAUUCCUUUUUGAGGCGUUGUUCCCCAGUCUGUUAAUAAGGGUUGGAAUUUCCUAGGUGGCUGGUAGCCAACUUAGUACAUGUUGAGAUGUGGAUGGAGAACAUGAUGGUAUUAUCCGCUUAUGCUUCUGCUUGUGCCUUAUUGAUUUGUCACGUCUCUUGGGAGACGUGAAGAGAGGGACUACCAAACUUUCUCCCUGAGAAAGUUUCUAGUACAUUGUCACGUCUUUGUAGACGUGAAGAGAGGGAUUUGUAAGCAUGAGCACUUAGCUGUGUUCAUUAUAACCAGGCCUUUUGCUAUAACAUAUUAACUUCAGCAUACUAACUUCAUCUGUCUACCAAGUAUUACUCAAUAGGAAACAGCACUCAAUAACGCUGACACAAGCAGGCUGAUGUCUCCACUCACAGCACAUAAACAGGAACUGGCCCAACCACAAUGCCUUAGUCUCAGUAUCGGCCAACGGCUGGAUAUGGGAAAAACAGGAACUACACAUACAUUAAGACACACAAACUCAAGACACACAUAUGCUGCACAAGAUUAUAACUUAUCUAGGACACACACACACACACACCCACCCUGGACUCAAGAAGACAACAAGGACAUUGAGCAACGGCUGAAGCGAUGGACUGCAGGAGCCAAUCAUCGGAGACUACGCCUGGACCUGAACCAACCAUAGAACCAGAACUUCAAGACUCAACCUACUUUCUGUGCUGUAUAAAAUAUGUAAACAAACUGUAUUAGGGGCUCUCUUUUUUAGCUCACUCGGAGUUACUUGACAGAGCCCAUGCAUGCUGUACCAGAUAUCUUUACUCUGAAUAAACUGUCACUUGUCAUACAA